UUCCACAGUCAGAUGCCCUCAGUCAGCUCAAAGGCAUUGGUUAAUUACCUGCUUGCUCCCUACCUAGGCUGAACUUGAUGAGCAGCAUUUCCAUGUCCAUGAGCCCAAGGAGCAGCAGAUGUUCUGGGUUGUUAUCCAGGCCUCAGCCCAUAUUGCUGUGUGAACUCCCGAGCAAGCACUGAAUGCCAGGAAGCAGGCCUCGGUUGGCAGGCAGAGUCCAAGAGUGGUGCCGUACCCAGCCCACAGUCUAUGUCCUGGAGAGCCUGGCCUUCAGAGUGCAGCAGUUGUGUCAAUGGGAUCAGCUGAUCAUCGAUUGAACCUAGCAGAGAUCCUUUCACAAAACUAUGGUGUACGGGAAGAAAGGGAAGAAGAAGAAGACACUCAGGAGAAACAGAAAUCCUUAGAAGAGCUGGAAAAGAGUCUCAGUGCCUCUCAGAGCAGUGAAAUGCCGUUCGAAGAGCUGCUUGCACUUUAUGGCUAUGAGGCAUCUGAUCCCAUCUCGGAGCAGGACAGCGAGAGCAAUGAUAUUACUCCAAAUCUCCCAGAUAUGACUCUGGAUAAGGAACAAAUAGCGAAGGAUUUGCUUUCAGGGGAAGAAGAGGAGGAGACCCAGUCUUCAGCUGAUGAUCUGACUCCAUCCGUCACAUCCCACGAUGCAUCAGACUUAUUCCCAAACCAGCCUGGCUCAAACAAUUUUCUUGCUGAUGAAGACAAAGAGCCCUGUUCAUCUCCAUGUGCUUCUUCCAUGGCUGAGGAUUCAGAGGAGGAUUCCAUCCCAUCCAAUGAGUGCAAGAAGGAGAUCAUGGUUGGACCUCAGUACCAAGCUACUGUUCCCAUCCUCCACUUAAACAGGCACAGUGAAAAAGCCUAUGAGAAUGAAGAUCAGCUGCUUUGGGACCCAAACAUACUCCCUGAGAGAGAGGUUGAAGAGUUUCUGUACCGUGCGGUGAAGCGGAGAUGGGAUGAGCUGUCUAGCAGCACCCUCCCGGAAGGAGAGAUGGUGAAGGACAAUGAACAGGCUCUGUAUGAAUUGGUUAAAUGCAACUUCAAUGCAGAAGAGGCUCUACGGAGGCUUCGGUUCAAUGUGAAGGUUAUCAGAGAUGAGCUUUGUGCUUGGAGUGAAGAAGAGUGCAGAAAUUUUGAACAUGGCUUCAGAGUCCACGGGAAAAACUUUCAUCUCAUCCAAGCAAACAAGGUCCGCACCAGGUCAGUUGGAGAAUGUGUGGAAUAUUACUACAUGUGGAAAAAGUCAGAGCGCUAUGACUACUUCACUCAGCAGACUCGUUUAGGAAGGAAGAAGUACGUCCUCCACCCUGGAGCCACGGAUUUUGCCGACAAUGACUUGGAUGGGGGUGAAGUAGAAAAUGCUGGUCGCUCUCGGAGCUCCCCGCCAAUCCCCUCUGCCACUGGCUGCCUGGACUCUCACUUUGGUCAAGAUCAGCUGGCAAUUGAGAGUGCAGAGCCCCUGAGCGUGGAGAGCACGGCCUGCAGCUUGGGCAGCAUGAGCGAGUCGGGGCAGGGCUACGAGUGCAGCACCCCCUCCGAGACAAACUGCUCCUUCGACCCCGCAGAGGAGACGUCCUCCGGCACCGUCUCCGCUCCCUGCACGCGAUGCCCUGUCACCCCCUCAGAAACGGGGCUCUAUGCUCUGCCACCAGCAGCAUCGGGACUGGCAGAGAAGCAGGAGACGUUGCAGAGCUCUGGUGAGACGAUAACCAUGGACUUCACUCUCCCUGCAGAUAUUAAUGAGGGUUUGCCUUUAAUUGCUGGCCCUGUGGAUUUGGACAGAGACACAGAGGCAGUGGUGGCCCCUGCGCAAGUGUCCUUAUCGGUCACAGAUUUUGGCCUCAUUGGCAUUGGAGAUGUAAAUAGUUUUCUGACUGCUCAUCAGGCCUGCCCGGCACCUGUGGCUCGGUCAGAGCCCUUGUCACAGUGAAAGUCUCCAGUCACAAACUUGUCACAGACCCAGCAAGGACUUUGACUUGACUAAGUGAAAUCCUGGAACGUCCCCUGUUUCAUGGGGAUGAUUUGGAGCUGUUGGUCAGAAACCGUCUUUCCAUCCUCCUUGAUCCAAGGCUACAGUGAAACCAAACACCUUUCUGCUCUAGUGUUUUCUGGCACAAUCACACGAAGCUGGUGGCUGGCUUUAGUGAGGGGGAAGCCCGUGACCCCCGGUUCGCUGGCUAUGUGUCACCCCAGGUAAGGCCAGGCUGUUCAGAGUCCCUGCCCUCAGGACAGUAGAAUGGUCCUUUGGCACCAGUGGGACAGCCUGGUACAGUGAAGAUGUUCUCAAGACAGGGAUGUAUCACGGGCACUUCGGAGUCUGGGACGGAA